GCAACAAAUUUUUUUAUCGAUACUACACUGUUUAUGAUCUUACUGAUCUUAGGUUGUUUUCAAUCCUGAAUCCAUUUUGUUUUGGAAUUUGGACGUAUUGGUCCGCUUUCGUUACUCCUCCGUUUAGCAUAAGUCUUGAAAUUUGAAUCGGUGAGUGAUUUGCGAAUGUGAUACUACACGUUACAUUAUAGAAUUUUAUAUAUUAUAAAUUAAUAAUUAUAUAAAAUAUUAUAAUUUUUGGUACCUUAAAAAUAAAGAAUGGUGAAGACUGAAAUGGAUUAUGCAACAGCUAAAGACAGGCUGUUUUCCGCCUAAAUACUUUUCGCUGUAACUACUAGAAUCCAAUCGUUAUUGAGUUUUAUUUUCCAUUGACGUUUGAUGAUUUUCAGUACCGUGACAUCUAUUGUGUUAGUUUUACAAUUUAAUAAGUAUUUUAAUGGUUUUAUUGUGCUACAGUGUGAAUGACUGGAUUGCCUAAAGAUUUUAAGUCAAAAAAAAUCACUGUAAAAAUUGAUAAUAUGAAACGCAGAAGCUAUGGUGAUUCUCCUCCAAUGUCACGUAAAAAACGACAUAGCAGUGUUAACAGGUAUGAUGGUAGUUCAGAUGAGCGAGGAUCCCCUGAACGUGUACGUCGUAGAGCUCGCUCGCCACCCAGUCCAAGACCAUCUAGGUAUUCAGAACGUGACGAAUUUGGCCGUUCUAGGGAUUUGGAUCGAUCACAUCCCACUUACAAAGUGUUGUGUGUAAGUGCUUUACAUCCAAAAGCAAGUGAUGAACAAGUCAAAGAAACAUUGUAUAGAGAAUACCGCAAAUUUGGCGAAUUUUCUGUUAGGAUAUCACAUGAACUAGAUGAAAGAGUGGCAUAUGUGUGUUUUAGAAGCUCAGAUGAUGCUAGAGAUGCCAAACACAGUAAGCCUAGAAUAAGUUUGUUUGAUAAAAUAGCUUUAGUUACUCCUGUUUAUGAAGGGCGUAGUUCUAGAGAUCAUUACGAACCAAGAGCUAGACGUUCUCGAUCUCGAAGUUUUUCCCCAGAUUUUGAUCGAUACUACCAUAGAUCUCCUAUUCCUCAAGAAUUUCAUAGACCACAUCCAGCUGAUAGGUUUUAUGAAAGGUUACCAUAUGGUCCUCUUCCUCCCAUGUUGCCGCCUCGAGAUUUCCGAGAAAUGGGUUUGCCACCAUUACUUCCUCAUGAACUUAUGUUACCUCGAGGACCGUUACUACACCAUGUGGCUCCUAUGCACCCUCAUUUAGGACCGAUUCAUCCAUUAUAUGGACCGCCAAGACAUUUUAUGCCUCCAUUUAGACCACACCCUCAUCCUCACUUGUUGCAUGACAAAAAAGAUAAAUUUCCAAACUAUUUGCAACACAUUCCACCAGAAGACGACCCGUUAGCCACACGAACAUUGUUUGCUGGAAAUUUAGAAAUUUCUAUUUCGGAUGAAGAACUUCGCCGUAUAUUUGGUAGAUAUGGAGUUGUUGAAGAUAUUGAUGUUAAAAGACCAUUGCCAGGAACAGGUAAUGCAUAUGCAUUUGUUCGUUAUCAAAAUUUAGAUAUGGCUCAUAGGGCCAAAGUUGAAUUAUCUGGUCAAUAUCUAGGCAAAUUUCAAUGUAAAAUUGGCUAUGGAAAAUCUACACCAACACAACGAAUAUGGGUUGGUGGAUUGGGUCCUUGGACAUCAAUUGCUCAGCUAGAACGAGAAUUCGAUAGGUUUGGUGUUAUCAAAAAAAUUGAGUAUGUCAAAGGUGAUAUUUGCGCCUAUAUACAGUUUGAAAGUAUUGAUGCAGCUACCGCAGCUGUCAAAGAAAUGAGAGGAGUGGCUUUAGGAGGCCCAGAACAUAAACUGAGAACAGAUUUUGCUGAUGGAGGGGUCUGUGGCAGCCCUAUAUUAACCUAUUCAUCAAAGUCUAAGUCAUCUCAUAACGAUGUUGCAGCAACUGCCGGAGAUUUACGAGAACUUACAAGACGAGAUGAAUAUCCAUAUGGUUGGCCAGAUGGUGAGUAUCCUUCCUAUAGUUCUAGAGGUUAUCGUAAAAAUCGUUCAGAAUACGGUGAAGAAAGCAAAGAAUUUGGCAAUUAUGACAACGGUCGUUCAUUCAAGCAGCAUUCUGUUUCUGAUGUUGGUUCUCCUCGAUCACCACUUCACCAAUCGAUUGACAGUGAUGUAGAAUCCGAAGAAGGAGCAAUACAAUCUGCAGGCCUUUUGGGUUCUGUUCGUACCCUAGGAGAUUUGGCUCUUAAAUGUACUGAUAUAUGGCAAGGAAGUCUUGUAUUAAAAAGCUCUCAGUUCCCAGCUAAAUGUUAUUUAACUUCUGGUGAUCCAAAUGUCAUAGAAUCAAUGAUGAAAGAUGAAGAUGGUAAAUCAACUUUACGCAUAACUCAACGGUUGCGUUUAGACGAGACAAAGUUGGAAGACGUUUCUAAACGUAUAAUAACUGCUGAUAUGCACGCCAUAUUUUUAGCAAUGCCUUGUUCUACUAACUCAAUUUCCAAUGAUGAUGCAUUAGUACAAAUUAGACCAUUACGUAAUUUAGUAUCCUAUUUAAAACAAAAAGAGGCUGCUGGGGUUAUAUCGUUAAUAACUAAAGAUCCUGAACCAGCUGGUGUAUUAUAUGCAUUUCCUCCAUGUGAGUAUUCAGCCAAAUUAUUGAAACAGAGUGCAAAGAAUUUAAGCAAUGAAACAUUAAAAGAUGAUCAUUUAGUUGUGGUAGUAGUUAGUGGAGGUGUUUCAUAAUCAGAUAUUAAUUUUUUAACUUUAUUUUCAAGUAUAUUUACCUAUUAAUUAUAUAUAUACGAGACRUAUCCAUAUUUUUUUUUAUCAACAACAUUUGAUUAUUAAAUAUUAUUAAUUACUAUAAAUUCUAAUAACACUAGAAUACAUUUUAGGUUAAAUAUUUUUGAUUCUCUACAAAUUGAUACUACAGUAUUUAUGUUCUUAAUUUGAAAGCAUAAGUCCACAACAAAACAAGUUAUUGUGGGUUAUGAAAACUGUGUAAACGUUUUUAAUAUGUGCUUAAAACUUAAUGAAAAAUUUUAGUUAAAUUAAUUCAAGUUUACACGCACAGUGUAAUUACAUAUUAAACAUGUGGAGUGCGUAACAUAUUUUAUACACAUUGUGCUGCUAUGUCUAGUUCAUAGAAUAUUAUUAUAAGUUUAUUAAUGUGUAUUAAAGUGAUUCAAUAUGUUUGAUAACCAUUUGCAUAAUGCAUUAUUUUAUUAUUGAUAAGUGUUAAUAUUUAUACUGAUUCAAUUAAACCUUUUCUCUUAUAUUUUUGAAAAAUGGUGUAAAUUAUCAAGCAAUCCAGUUAACUUGGAUUGUUCAGUAAUCUUUUUUGAAGUGUCGUAACUAUUUUAGACCAAAUAAUUAAUUUUGUGCGUUACAGUAGCUUUAUAAUAAAGUGUAAUUCGCGAUUCAACUGUUGUUCUUUUUAAAAAUUAUCUUAAAUCAUGUAUAGCAUAUUUAAUUGAUUACACAAUUUCUUUGAUAUGAAAUAUUGGUGUUUUUUAUUACAUUUUUUUUAUUGGAGUUAAACAUGUAAGUUUAGUAAAUUUUGUGUCAGGUAUCUACAAUUGUUUGUUGGUGUUGUGCUCAGUGUUAACAAAGUUUGGUGUCUUAUUUCUGAUAAAGAUAUGUGUAUAUAAUAUUAGAUUCAAAUAGUGAUUAUUAAAAUUAAAGAUUUAUAAACAUUAAAUUUCAAUUUUAUUAAAUUUGAUUUCAGGCUGACAACUAKAAGUCUAGAACUCAAUUCUAUUCAUAGGCGUGCGCAUAGGGUGGGCAAGGUAGGCCAUGGCCCACUCUGCGAGCUGUACUGUACUUGUUAUACAUAUUGCAACCUGAUGAAUUUUUAUCAUGAAACUCUAAUAAUAAUAUUACAGAUUAUAAUUUUCAAUGAUAGUUGAUAAUUAAUUAAAUACAUUGAAACAUUGAACAAUUUAAUUGAUAAAAUAUUUUUAAGUACCUAAAUUAUAAUUGAUUUGGCCUACAUUGCCAAAAAGGUUUGCGCACGCCUAUGUAUUAAAAGCAUUUUUUUGGAAUUUCAAAAAUGUUAUUGAUGACUAAAAUUUGUAAUUUUAACCGAAUUUUAAUAUUCAUUGACACUUCAAUCUUGCUUCAGUCUUUAUUCAUUAUUAUUGAUUUAUUAUGAAGUGCUUAAAAUUGUCACAUAUUAUUUA